AUGGCUACUUCUGAAUUUCAAGACGCCAACAAAAUGCCACACAGUUCUCAAGAGGAGUUCCUGUCAUAUCUGCAGCACUAUCAGUUGACAGUCCCAGUGCAAGUGGAUGAAAAUGGCAAGUUCCUGAGCUACACUGUGAAACAUAAACAAUCAGGGAGGUGGAGGCGUGAUUUGGCGGAUCCACAACCUCUGCAAGACCCCCUGGAGUCUCGGCUCUUCUAUAGCCUGUCAGCUUAUGGAAAACACUUUCAAUUGAACCUGACACUCAACCCUCAUUUCAUGUCAAAACAAUUCACUGUGGAAUAUUGGGGCAAAGGAGGCUUGGAAUGGCGACAUAACACAGUAGAUAACUGUCAUUAUGUUGGAUUCUUGCAAAAUCAGUAUAGCACAUCCAGAGUGGCCCUCAGCAAUUGUAAAGGCUUGCACGGUGUGAUAACGACAGAGGAAGAGCAGUAUUUCAUCGAGCCGUUAAAGAACAUGUCCUUGACUAACUCCAAUGAAUGGAACCUGGAUGAAGCACAGCAGCAUGUUAUUUAUAAAAUGUCUGCCAUUCCCUCACCACACGAGCACAGCCAGGAGUUCAGCUGUGGCAUUUCAGAUCUCCGUGCUCCGUCUCCGUUAAGAGCCGCCUCCAGUGAUCCGCUGUCACCUGCUCCACAGAGUGAGCUGUGGAACAGCACACACAGACAGAGGCGCUCUGUCAGCAGCGAGCGCUUUGUCGAGACCCUCGUUGUUGCUGAUAAAAUGAUGGUCGGUUACCAUGGACGCAAAGACAUUGAGCACUACAUUUUGUCAGUAAUGAAUAUUGUUGCCAAACUUUACCGUGAUGCCAGUCUAGGAAAUGUUGUGAACAUUAUAGUCACGCGUUUGAUUGUUCUAACAGAAGAUCAGCCAAACCUUGAAAUUAACCACCACGCUGAUAAGUCUCUGGAUAGUUUCUGUAAGUGGCAGAAAUCCAUCCUCUCGCAUCACAGCAGCGGCAACAAUAUCCCAGAAAAUGGAAUGGCUCACCAUGACAACGCUGUACUAAUCACAAGAUAUGACAUAUGCACCUACAAGAACAAACCUUGCGGUACAUUAGUCUGUAACCUCAGUGUGUCUAAGGUGUUUACACUCAGAAAGGAAAAAAGGUAUGCGUUGGAUGGCCUGGCUUCAGUUGCUGGUAUGUGCGAGCCAGAACGAAGCUGCAGCAUCAAUGAAGACAUUGGCCUUGGCUCUGCUUUUACCAUUGCCCAUGAGAUUGGCCAUAAUUUUGGGAUGAACCAUGAUGGUAUUGGUAACUCUUGCGGUACCAAAGGCCACGAGACGGCCAAACUGAUGGCUGCUCAUAUAACUGCCAACACCAACCCAUUUUCCUGGUCUGCCUGCAGCAAAGACUACAUUACCAGCUUUCUCGACUCAGGUCGAGGGACAUAUGAACAGUGCCGCUUCCAGUAUGGAGCAUCUUCACGCCAGUGCAAAUAUGGGGAAGUGUGUAGAGAGCUCUGGUGCCUUAGCAAAAGCAACCGCUGUGUCACUAACAGUAUUCCUGCUGCUGAAGGGACUCUGUGUCAGAGUGGCAGCAUCGACAAAGGGUGGUGCUACCAAGGCGAGUGUGUGGCCUUUGGGACGUGGCCUCACAGCGUAGAUGGAGGCUGGGGACCCUGGUCCACGUGGGGUGAAUGCAGUCGCACCUGUGGCGGUGGUGUGUCAUCCUCCAUGAGGCACUGUGACAGCCCAGCCCCAUCCGGAGGAGGCAAAUACUGUCUUGGGGAGAGGAAACGCUACAGAUCCUGCAACACAGAUCCGUGCUCUGUAGGGUCUCGAGAUUUCCGGGAGAAGCAGUGUGCUGACUUCGACAACAUGCCUUUUCGAGGGAAAUACUAA